UUUCCAACAGCUUGGAAGUUUCUUGGAAAAUACUAUGUAUUUACAGUAGACAGAUUGCUUAGAAAGUAGAAACUCGCUGGAAAUUUUAUCCGGUGUGCCUGCGGAAGCUGUUGGUAUAUAUAGCAUCAAUGCCGCAAGACAUUCUCGUACCUGAAUUCUGUAUAAACUCUCUGUAGCUUCACAUAUUUGAGGAGAUACCUAUUCAUUUGGAAAACCUGAAACCCAAUUAUGAAUUAUUCUCAAGUGACAUCGUGCAUUUGCAUACCCAAGGCAAUUUUAUUACAGCCUAAAACAAACUGGACCAGUUCGAAGUCCGGCAAUGAGAGAAGAGCUGGCCACUGGACACAUGUCCCCCGCAAUGUUAAUAUGGAGGGCCUUCGAAGUGGAUAUUUGUUUCCUGAGGUGCUCUCGUUGUUGUUAUCAUGCGCCAUAACUCUUUUAGAUUCGUGCUCGUUAAUUCUAUCAAAUCAUAUAUCCAUACGUGAGCAUGAACACAUCCAAAAGAACCCAAAUGCAAGGUUGAUAAGACUUGGAAUUGGUGACACCACACAGCCUAUACCAGACAUCAUAACGACGGCGAUGGCUGAGCAUGCAGAUGCUUUGUCAACUACGCGAGGUUACAGAGGAUAUGGAGCAGAGCAGGGCAACAUGGAAUUACGAAUGGCUAUUGCGGAAACGCUUUACAGAGGUACUGGAGUGAAAGGCAAUGAGAUUUUUGUAUCUGAUGGAGCACAAUGUGACAUUUCACGUCUUCAGAUGCUUCUGGGUUCCAAUGUGAAGGUGGCUGUUCAGGACCCUUCCUUUCCGGCUUAUAUUGACACCAGUGUAAUUGUUGGUCAAUCCGGCAAGUUGGAAGAGAAAACUGGGAAGUAUAGCGACAUUGUUUACAUGAACUGUGGAGCUGAGAACAAUUUUUUCCCUGACCUGUCUACUACUCCAAGGACAGAUAUAAUAUUCUUCUGCUCUCCAAACAACCCAACUGGUAGCGCUGCAUCUUGGCAGCAAUUAGAGCAACUGGUUGAUUUUGCCAAGACAAACGGCUCCAUCAUAGUUUAUGACUCUGCAUAUGCUGCCUAUAUAUCAGAUGAAAGCCCAAGAUCAAUCUAUGAAAUCCCUGGAGCCAAAGAGGUUGCUAUUGAGAUUUCAUCCUUCUCCAAAUUUGCUGGGUUCACUGGCGUCCGCCUCGGUUGGACAGUGGUUCCUGAAGAGUUGAAAUACUCCAACGGAUUUCCUGUCUUAGAAGAUUUCAACCGCAUUGUAUGCACCUGCUUCAAUGGCGCUUCAAAUAUUGUUCAGGCUGGAGGACUAGCAUGCCUUUCUAGAGAUGGUUACCAGGCUGUGUGCAAUGUGGUUGACUACUACAAAGAGAACGCGAAAAUACUUGUUGAAGCAUUUGCAUCACUUGGAUUGAAGGUCUAUGGAGGCAAAAAUGCCCCUUACGUGUGGGUUCAUUUUCCAGGGAUGAGUUCAUGGAAUGUAUUCAAUGAAAUUCUAGAGAAGACACAUGUAGUGACAGUUCCAGGUAGAGGAUUUGGUCCUGGUGGUGAAGAGUAUAUCAGAGUUAGUGCGUUUAGUCAUAGAGAGAAUAUGAUGGAAGCUUCUCUGAGGAUGAAAAAAUUAUUCAGAUGAAAUUUUAUAUUUUGAUCGCUGCAUUGAGUCAAAAUAAAAUAAUUAAUGAUUUAGUCCCUA